GCUGCUGCAGUCGAUCCGUCGAUGCGCGUUCGCGGAUGUGCAUGUUUUUUCCGCCAUUCCAUUAUAUUUGACAUAUUUUAUUGGAGUUUCUGCAUUUAUUGCAUAUAAUCGUGGUUUAAAUCUAAAUUAUAACAGUAGCUUCAACAGGAAUUCAACCAUGUCGGAAAUAGAUGCAACGAAAGCUGGCGGCAUAUACACUUCAGACAAAUCAGGAAGUGAUGAAAACGGAGAUGGCACAGAAGCCAAACCUUUCAAGACGAUCUUACAAGCUAUGCGUCAUGCCGGAAAGGAACCUUUUCCUACAAUAUACCAAGACUCUAAAGAAGAAGGUUCCAAGUACGAGCCUGCUGCAAAGUCCCAGUUGAAGAAAGUGCAAAAGUUGUGGACAAGAGAACUGCAAAAAAAUGAAGACAAGGAGAAAAAGCUUCAUGAAGAUGAGGAAAAACGAGUGAGAAAUUUGGAAGAAGCUAAAGCAAUCGCCAUCGAAGAAGAUAAAAGUCUUCCGGCUGCUAAACGCAUCAAAAUAAAACAGGCAACUGACUGUCGGGAUCAACGAGUUAAGUUUUUUGGAUGGGUGCAUAGGCUUAGAAAGCAAGGCAAGUCUCUUAUGUUUAUAACUUUGAGAGACGGUACAGGAUUUCUGCAGUGCGUCUUAAACGAUAAACUAUGUCAAACGUAUGAAGCACUUACGCUCAACACCGAAGCUUCUGUCGAAUUGUUUGGUACUCUUAAAGCCCUUCCUGAAGGGAAGACUGCUCCUGGUGGUCACGAAUUGAUCGUAGACUAUUGGAAACUGAUCGGUACUUCUCCUCCUGGUGGAGCGGAUUCCAUUUUAAACGAAGAAGCUCAGCCAGAUGUCCAGCUGGAUAACAGACACAUCAUGAUUCGAGGCGAAAAUACUUCUCGUAUUUUAAUGAUGAGAUCUGUGCUAACACAAGCAUUUAGAGACCACUACUUGGACAGAGGAUAUUGCGAAGUAACGCCGCCUACUUUGGUUCAAACUCAGGUGGAGGGAGGCUCCACUCUUUUUAAACUAAAUUAUUUUGGAGAAGAAGCUUUCUUGACUCAAAGCUCGCAGCUUUAUCUUGAAACGUGUUUGCCAGCAAUGGGUGAUGUUUACUGCAUAGCACAGUCUUACAGAGCAGAGCAAUCACGAACAAGGCGCCAUCUUGCUGAGUACUCUCACGUCGAAGCAGAAUGCCCAUUCAUUUCUUUCGAUGACCUGCUCGACAGAUUAGAAGAUUUAAUUUGCGAUGUGGUCGAUCGAGUUUUAAAAUCGCCCCUAGGACACUUGGUUAAAGAACUUAAUCCCGACUUCCAGGUUCCAAAGAGACCCUUCAGGAGAAUGAACUACAGCGAUGCUAUUAAAUACUUAAAAGAUAACAAUAUCACAAAAGAAGAUGGAUCUUUCUACGAAUUCGGCGAGGACAUUCCGGAGAUGCCUGAGAGAAAAAUGACUGAUAAGAUUAACGAGCCUAUAAUGCUCUGUCGUUUUCCAGUAGAGAUAAAGUCUUUUUACAUGCAACGUUGUGCAGAAGAUCAGCGCUUAACUGAAUCUGUAGAUGUUCUUUUACCGAACGUUGGAGAAAUUGUCGGAGGUUCUAUGCGUAUUUGGGAUCAUGAUGAAAUCUUGGAAGGAUACAAACGCGAAAAUAUUGACGCCAAACCGUAUUAUUGGUACACAGAUCAGCGCAAGUACGGAACUUGUCCUCAUGGAGGCUACGGAUUGGGUUUGGAAAGAUUUCUCUGUUGGCUGUUGAACAGAUACCACAUAAGAGAAGUUUGCCUAUAUCCGCGUUUUCUAGAACGUUGUCGUCCAUAAAAAUGCUUAUUUACAGAAAAUAAAGCAUUCAAUCGUACGGCUUUGCGUUUAACUUUACUCAAUGAAAUAAGCUUGUAAUAAAUUUCCAUCAUUAAAAUAAAUAGAUAUCUAUAUUCAAAA